CAAGCGAAUGAGAAAGAAGGCAUGCAACUCUGCUUUGCGCUGUAAUACUGGAUUGUACUUCAACUGGAGCGGUUUGGCAGGUUUAAACACAUCAAAACAGAACAAAGAGAUAGACUUUACAGCACUAUAAAAGGUUCUGGAAAAUAAAAUAAAUAAGUGGACGGAGGAAGUGAAAAUCGCUGCGGCAAAAUAACAAAAUAAUUGAGGAAGAACCACGGUUAAUAUUUUUCCACUCGCUAACGGAACAUAUGAUUGGACUUAAUAUUUUAAGGACAAAUUACAACUUCUUCAAGCACCAGAACUUUCUUGCGGAGGCAAAGUUUUUUAAAAGAUUUUGAAUCCUUUAUUUUUCCCUUUUCUUUAUUUUUUUGCUGUUUUUAAAAAAGACAUUUGUUUGAAGGACUGUUUGACUUCCGAGGGCUUUUCAACGCUGACAUAAAACUGGAAUUUACUGCUUUUAAUCAUUCAUAUGUUCAAAAUAUAUGAAUACACAAAUUAUUCAAGAGACGGAUUUUGUCCUCUGGCCUACAGUAUUUUUUCUCCUGGCUUUUUGUUGAUGCUGUUUGACAAAACACAACCCAGACUUUUAAAGUUUGAAUAAUUCAUGAGAUAUAAUUUGCCUACAUUAAAAAAGUUUCUGCGAAAGGGAGGGGGUGAACAGUAAACAUUUUCCUAAGGUUAGCGGAAUGGCCACAGCGGCUUCCAACCCUUAUCUACCCAGCAAUAGUAUAUUGUCGUCCGGCUCGAUCGUGCACUCGGACUCCGGAGGUAGGAUGCAGCAGGGCAGUGCUGCAGUAACCUCGGUGUCCGGUGGGUACAGAGGAGAUCCAACGAUUAAAAUGGUACAAAGUGAUUUCAUGCAGGGCGCAAUGGCAGCGAGCAACGGGGGACAUAUGCUGAGCCACGCUCACCAGUGGGUGACGUCUUUGCCUCAUGCUGCAGCGGCGGCUGCUGCUGCCGCAGUGGCCGCAGCUGAAGCCGGAUCGCAUUGGUCCUCUAGUCCUGUUGGAAUGACAGGCAGCCCACAACAUCAGCAGGACGUAAAAAAUAAUUCGGGGAGAGACGAUUUGCACUCUGGGACUGCGCUGCAUCACAGGCCCCCUCAUUUAGGUCCCCACCAGACUCAUGCGGGAGCCUGGGGUACCACAACUGCUGCCCAUAUCAACUCCAUAACCGGGAGCCAACAGCAGCAGCAGUCCCUCAUAUACUCGCAGCCUGGAGGCUUCACGGUCAACGGCAUGCUCAGUCCACCAGGCGGUCAAAGCCUGGUACACCCUAGUCUAGUGCGUGGCGACACCCCGGAGCUCGAUCACAGCGGCCACCACCACCACCAGCAGCAGCAUCAACAUCACCAGCAAGCACACCAUGGAGUGAACAGCCACGACCCGCUCUCAGACGAGGACACGCCGACCUCGGACGACUUAGAGCAUUUCGCCAAACAGUUCAAACAACGCCGGAUCAAACUGGGCUUCACUCAAGCAGACGUGGGCUUGGCUUUAGGCACUCUAUAUGGGAACGUCUUCUCACAGACCACAAUCUGUCGAUUUGAAGCUCUCCAACUCAGCUUUAAGAACAUGUGCAAACUGAAGCCGCUGCUGAACAAAUGGCUGGAGGAGGCAGACUCUUCCACGGGUAGUCCUACCAGCAUCGACAAGAUAGCGGCUCAAGGCAGGAAACGCAAGAAGCGCACCUCCAUUGAAGUGAGCGUCAAAGGUGCGUUGGAGAGUCACUUUUUGAAAUGUCCAAAGCCUUCGGCCCAAGAGAUAACCAGUCUAGCGGACAUCCUGCAGCUGGAGAAAGAAGUGGUCAGAGUUUGGUUUUGCAAUCGAAGACAGAAAGAGAAAAGGAUGACGCCUCCAGGAGUGCCGCAGACGCCGGAGGAUGUAUAUUCUCAGGUCGGCAAUGGACAUUUUUUAGUAGAUUACUUAAAAGAUGCAAGUUUAACUGGGCCGAGUGAACCGGGCGACCAGAGGGUGACAACUACAAGUUCGUUCCAUCAGGUAAUUUUGGCGCAUUAACUUCAACUGGAAAAUAAAAGAAAUUAGAAAUGAACAGCAAAAUAUUUCCCCCCUAUCCUGCAACCCCAAUGCCUUUUUUGAGAGAGGCACAAGACGCAGGCAAUUGUGUAUGUUGUUACGGGACAUUAAACCCCAAACAAAGGGAUGAAAUUCAACUGAAACAAUGCGAAGAACAGUGGCAUCCACGAAGCUUCCAUCCAACUUGGCAGAGAAGACUGCAUGGUUUCAUAUUAUCCAACAAAUAUGGAAUGGAUUUUUUUUUUCUGGCCUUCCAAUCCCUUACAAAAACAACAAAAGACUGCCUUUGAUUUCGGAUCUCCAAGAUCACAUCUUUUACAUUUUUGUUUUUGUUUUUUGUAUGCAAAGAACUCAACCUUACGUGGAUUUUGAGGAAACAAUUCAAUCAAAGAUGACUUUUGAAAAGAAUAUUCCGCCUCUACAGCUCUUUGAAAUUCUUCUGUGCGAGCAUCCGUUGCCAAGUGGGCCAGAGCUGGUGCUGUGGAUGUUUUCAUGUGCUGCCAUUUCCAAGCAGUAUUCUUUGGUAGGUUUUAAUAAACAAGUUUAUGUAAAGCCGGCAAUAUAGAUUCAUUAGAUCAGAUGCUGAUCGGAAUUAUUUACUUAAUAUUUUCCAUUAAAAUGCUUUGUUUUAAUAUUUUAUUCAGGAUACAUAUGAACUAUUCCAAACUGUUAUUUAUUUCCCCCAGACUUGUGUAAAAUGUUUUCGUUGUUGUCCUUAUUUGUUUUGUUUAAUUUUGUAUUCUCAUUUUUAAAAGAGCACAAUUCUACACGAGCUGACUUUGACAGUAGAAAAUAAGGGUAUAUUUUGAUGUGAUGAUUUGAUUGUCAUUUAAUUUCAGUAGUGAUUCCGUAAGAGAUGAUCGAGAA